CAGUUCUUCAAAACAAACCCCGAUGUCUGAAGCAGAGCACAGUACGCUGCUGUCCGAACAACUUGCGACAACCACCCUGAGCGAUGCCGUUCAGAAGCACGAAUUCUCGGACCGUGUCCUGAUCAGUUCCAUCGUCGGUAGACCCGACGGCGGGGAGGGUCUCGCUGGACAGCGGGUCAGAGCUGGCGGGUGGGUCAAGACCGGAAGGGAGCAGGGGAAGGGCACUUUCGCUUUCUUGGAGCUGAACGACGGGUCGUCUCCGGAAAACUUGCAGGUGAUUGUGGGCGCUGGCGUUGCUGAACUCAGCCCGCUUGUGGCGACUGGGACUUGCGUGGUUGUUGAUGGCGUUUUGAAGGUGCCACCGGAUGGCACCAAGCAGAGAAUUGAGCUUCAGGUCGACAAGGUGGUUCAUGUGGGACCGGUGGAUCCGGCAAAGUACCCGUUGCCCAAAACUAAGCUAACUCUUGAGUUUUUGAGGGAUUAUCUUCAUCUUCGCUCCAGGACCAACACGAUAUCUUCAGUUGCUCGUAUUCGAAAUGCUCUUGCUUUUGCAACUCACUGUUUUUUUCAAGAACAUGGGUUUCUUUAUGUGCACACGCCAAUUAUAACAACCAGUGACUGUGAGGGUGCUGGAGAAAUGUUUCAAGUUACAACCUUGAUUACUGAUUCUCAGAAGCUGGGGAAGGAUCUCAUUAAGAAUGGCAAGAUUGAUUACAGUCAAGAUUUCUUUGCUCGUCAAGCAUUUUUGACAGUCUCUGGCCAGCUACAGGUAGAAACAUAUGCGUGCGCUGUUAGCAAUGUGUAUACAUUUGGGCCAACAUUUCGGGCUGAAAACUCACACACUUCAAGGCAUUUAGCAGAAUUCUGGAUGGUGGAGCCUGAAAUAGCUUUUGCAGAUCUUCAGGAUGAUAUGAACUGUGCUGAGGCUUACGUGAAGUACAUGUGUCAGUGGUUACUUGACAAAUGCCUCGAUGAUAUGGAAUUUAUGGCCAAAAAUUAUGAUAAAAGUUGCAUUGAGAGACUAAAAUUGGUUGCCUCGACUCCCUUUGGACGUAUAUCGUACACGGAAGCAAUUGAACUGCUGGAGGAUGCUAUAAAAGGUGGGAAGAAGUUUGAGAAUGACGUAGAAUGGGGGAUUGAUCUCUCAUCUGAGCAUGAAAGAUUUUUGACAGAGGUGAAAUUUCAGAAGCCAGUAAUUGUUUAUAAUUACCCAAAACGAAUCAAAGCAUUCUACAUGAGACUCAAUGAUGACUCAAAGACUGUUGCUGCCAUGGAUGUCCUUGUGCCAAAGUUGGUCGUUCUGCAUUGCAGAAUCCUUGAGAUGGGGCUGCCUCUUGAGCCAUAUGAGUGGUAUCUGGACCUCAGGCGCUUUGGGACAGUUAAACAUAGUGGAUUUGGCUUAGGCUUUGAACGCAUGAUUCUUUUCGCCACUGGCAUUGAUAACAUCCGGGACGUUAUUCCAUUCCCAAGAUAUCCUGGGAAAGCCGAUCUCUAGUCUCUAGGGCAUGUUUGAAAUAUAAGAUUGGAUGGGAUUGAACAUGAUAUAAACAAUGGGAUUAGAUUGGAUGGGAUUGGAUUAGACUAUAAUAACCCCGUCCCAAGUUUGGAGAUAAAUGUGUAUAUCUAUUGACAAAAAUAUCCUUUUGAUGCAAUAUAUUGUUAGUAAUAUAUUCAACUCUUUAGA